CGUCACCUACGUAACGCCUCCUCAACCAAUCACAUGCGUUGACUAGCAAAAGUCCUUGAAGGUUAGCCCAUGCAAGCUAAAUCCAUGUUUUAUUUUACGAGUAUGUAGUACUAUCUGAUUAAAAACACUAUUUUUACAACAGAAUUGUCAACAGCAGCAGAUAUGGCUUCGCUCUCAAGCUACGCCGUGCGCAUGGCGCGCCUGAGUGCCCGCAUCUUCGGGGAGGUUGUCCGUCCGACAGACUCCAAGUCCAUGAAGGUGGUUCAGCUCUUCCAGGAACAGCCGAUGGGCCAAAGGAAAGAGGUGUACGACUGGUACCCCAAGCACAAGAUCUACUAUUCCAUGACCCAAAGGCUAAGGUUCAUGGGGCUCUUCAGAGACGAACAUGAAGACUUUAAAGAGGAGAUGCGACGCUUGAGAAAGCUGCGAGGCAAAGGAAAGCCGUUGAAGGGCGAAGGGAAGAGGGCGGGCAAGAAGAAGUGAGCCCAUCCUGGAACCUAAGGAACUACACAGAACCCGAUCUCUUUCUCUCUCCCCUCUCUGUGUACCAGACAAAUCACUGUGCACCCUGUGUUGAGUGCAGCCUUGGAUUUUACCUCUGAAGAAGAUUCCAGUGUUUUGCCUAGUUGGCCGUCCAGCAACAUCGAUAAGGCGACGUAUGUUCAGUGUGUAUAUUCUGCACAUGUGGGAACAUACAAUCACACAGUGUAUUGUGGUAUUCAUUCAUGAAUAAUAAUGAGAUGUAUAUAUGUGUGCUUUUGACAUGUCAAAUAAACAAUAUUGCCAUUCA